AUGGGCUACGAUAUAUUUCCCGGCACAACGGUCGUGAUCAACACGUGGGCCACCGGUAGGGACAAUCCUGAAAAUUUGUUCCCGAGAGUCCUUCACAAUACACAAUCAAUCAAUCUACGAUUUGUAAACGGAAUCGGAUGGCCCGUGGCCGAGUGGUGGCAGCCUGGUAGGUCGACGGAUGAAGAGUUGACGACGGCGGAAUUCGGCGGCUCACCCACGCCGGAGCUGGUCAUGGAGGGCCUCAUUGGCCGGCCGGCGCUUAUGCCUUAUUGGUCGUUUGAUAUUUUAAUGAAGCUUGAUAAGUCAAUCACAUACAACAAACAAAGAUCACUCAGCAAUAGAAUCCCUUAUCAAAAUGGUAAAACUUAA